AUGGCCAACUACCACGCCAUAGUCUUCGGAGCAUCCGGCAUCAUCGGCUGGCCGGUAGUCAAUCAGCUCUUAUCAGGCUACCCCGAACCCGGUCUGUUCUCUCGAGUCACAGCAGUCACCAACCGGCCGAUCGAAGUGGAAGAGUCGCAAUGGACAAACAAUGGCCCAGGAAACAUGCCAGAGCUUCAGCUAGUCUCAGGCAUUGACCUGCGAAAUACCACAACUAAAGAGUUGGCAGAUGGUCUUAGAGCCAAGGUGAAAGAUAUUGAGAAAGUCAGUCAUGUCUACUACUUCGUCUUCACCCAAGUCCAAGACUCGAUCGAGGAAGUAGCGGUCAAUAAGGGCAUGCUGGAAAAGGUGGUCGAGUCGCUCUCUUCCCUGAGCAGUAACGUGAAAUUUGUGCUAUUCCCAGGAGGCACUAGGGGUUAUGGCAUCUACAAUGCCGAUGGGACCUUCAAAGCGCCAUUGACCGAGUCCAUGGUGAACAACCUCCCGGCCGACUAUGCAAAGACCGUGGUCUACCCAGCCAAUCGGACGUAUCUCUCAGAGGCUUGUCAUGGGAAGGAUUGGACGUGGUGCGAAGUCUGUCCUGAUGCUAUCAUCGGCUUCACGCCCAACGGAUCCCAAUACUCUCUAGCUCUACACUGGGGCCAGUACCUGUCCCUUUACGCCUACAACCACGGCAUCGAACCACGAACCGAGUCCAGCAGCAACAAGGAGCCGGCCAAGGUCUCAUUCCCGGGCAACAAGGAAGCAUACAGCGCCCUUUGCAGUCCAGUCUCCGGGACUAUAAUUGGACGAUUCUCGGUCUACGCCUCGCUUCACCCGGAAACCUGUGGAGGCGGGCGAUUGUUCAACGUCGCGGAUCGAGAGGAGCCAUCUACUUUUGGGGAUGUGUGGCCGGCGCUUGCAUCGUGGUUUGGACUCGUGGGCACCGAAUCUGUGAAAGAAGGGCAUGCGGCUACCAUAGGGGACGAUGCACUGGAUCCGGGACAUUGA